UGUCCGCGAGUGAAUCUUUUCGCUGGCGCACUCCAACGGGAAUUAAGUCCAUUACGUUUUUUAGCAGAGCAGCGGGCGCAUCUGGAUGCAAAUAGUUUUCCAGUGUGAGCAGAGAACCAGACGGACCAGCAGGACUGGAUAAGCGCACAGCCACAGGGGGCGCUAUGAAUAGCUGAGAGCCCCGCCUCUCCCCCCCUCCCCCCUCACGCAGUGGGACAGGCAUCCCCGUGGAUGGUGUUCUCCCCACACACCCUCCUCGCCAGAACAGCCACUCCCUCUCCCCUGCCCUCCCAGAGUGACCCGAGAGCCAACAGCCACAGAAAUGAGUUCCCACAGUCACCCAGAUGGCCUUCCCAGCAAAGAGCAGCCAGUGGAGCUUCUGAAGCCAUCUGGACUCAACCACAUUCCCUCUGUUGAUGUGAGCGCGGCGCUGCCCCUGUCUCUGCCCCCGGCCGCCAUCCCAAUGGACCUGCGUGUGGACCCGCAGCACGUGGCGCCACCUCAGGCUCCCGCGGCCCCGGCCGACGCCUGCCAGCGAGAGCAGCAGCUGCAGCAUGAGCUGCUCGCGCUCAAACACCGGCAGCAGAUCCAGCGGCAGCUGCUCAUCGCCGAGUUCCAGCGGCAGCACGAGCAGUUGUCCCGCCAGCACGAGGCGCAGCUCCAGGAGCACAUCAAGCACCAGCAGGAGCUGUUAGCUCUAAAGCACCAGCAGGAGCUGUUGGAGCACCAGCGGAAGUUGGAGCGCCACCGGCGGGAGCAGGAGCUGGAGAAGCAGCAGCGUGAAGAGAAACUGCGGCAGCUCAAGAACAAGGAGCGCGGCCAGGAGAGUGCGGUAGCGAGCACGGAGGUGAAGAUGCGUCUGCAGGAGUUUGUGCUGAACAAGAAGAAAGCACUGGCCCAGCGGAGCCUGAACCACUGCAUGCCCAGCGACCCGCGCUACUGGUACGGGAAAACCCAGCACAGUUCACUGGACCAGAGUUCUCCACCGCAGACAGGGAUGUCCACCUACAACAACCCAGUCCUGGGUCUGUACGACACCAAAGACGACUUCCCCCUGCGCAAGACAGCGUCCGAGCCCAACCUAAAGCUGCGCUCCCGCCUCAAGCAGAAGGUGACAGAGAGGCGGAGCAGCCCGCUCCUCCGCAGGAGGGACGGUCCUGUUGCCACGGCGAAGAAGCGCUCGCUCGACAUGACGGAGUCGGCCUGCAGCAGCGCGCCCGGCUCGGGGCCCAGCUCGCCCAACAACAGCUCCAGCAACAUCGCCAAUGAGAACGGCCUGGCCGGCUCCACCUCCAACAGCCCCCUGGAGCCAUCUCUGGCACACCGACUUGCGGGCAGAGAGGGACCGGUUAGCCAGCUCUCUCUCUACACCUCCCCCUCCCUCCCCAACAUCACCCUGGGCCUGCCAGCCUCGGGCUCCUCCAGCCAGGUGGCGUCCGGCCAGCAGGAAGGUGAGCGGCUGUCUCUGGCGGGCCUGCAGCCUGGACUGCCCAUCUCCAACCCCUUUAUCGCUGGCUCCCACCUGUCCUCCUACCUGACCGCCUCCACCUUGGAACGGGAAGGAGGCUCCGCCCACAACCCCCUCCUGCAGCACAUGGCCCUGCUGGAGCAGUCGGCCCCCCAGAACCCCUUGGUGUCAGGUCUAGGUUCCCUGCCCCUGCAGUCCCCCUCGAUCCAUAAGCUGCGUGCGCACCGGCCGCUGGGCCGCACACAGUCGGCGCCGCUGCCCCAGAACGCCCACGCCCUCCAGCAGCUGGUGGUACAGCAGCAACACCAGCAGUUCCUGGAGAAGCACAAACAGCAAUUCCAGCAACAGCAGCUGCACAUGAGCAAGAUAAUGGCCAAACCCAGCGAGCCCAGCCGGCAGCACGAGAGCCACCCGGAGGAGACGGAGGAGGAGUUGCGGGAGCACCAGGCCGGGGCCGAGGGUCCGCCCCGCGCCGUGGCCAUCAAACAGGAGCCGCCCGACGACCUGGAGGAGGAGCUGCAGCAGAGGGCGAGACAGGCCGAGCAGGAGCUCCUCUUCAGGCAGCAGGCUCUCCUCCUGGAGCAGCAGAGGAUCCACCAGCUGCGGAACUACCAGGCAUCGAUGGAGGCGGCCGGCCUGUCCGUCACCUUCCCGGGGCACCGCCCCCUGUCCAGAGCGCAGUCGUCUCCGGCCUCUGCCACGUUCCCAAUCGUGGUGCAGGAGACGCCGGCCAAGCCGCGCUUCACCACAGGGCUGGUGUAUGACACCCUCAUGCAGAAGCACCAGUGUAUGUGUGGGAACACCAACACGCAUCCAGAACAUGCCGGCCGCAUCCAAAGCAUCUGGUCCCGGCUUCAAGAGACCGGCCUGCGUAGCAAGUGUGAGUGUAUCCGGGGCAGAAAGGCCACGCUGGAGGAGUUGCAGACUGUCCACACAGAAGCUCACGUACUGCUGUAUGGAACCAACCCACUGAGACAGAGAUUAGACAACUCUGUGACACCCAUGUUCGUGAGGUUACCCUGCGGGGGCAUUGGGGUGGACAGUGACACUAUUUGGAACGAGGUCCACUCGUCCAGCGCGGCUCGCUUGGCUGUCGGCUCCGUGGUGGAGCUGGUGUUUAAGGUGGCGUCUGGAGAGCUGAAGAAUGGCUUUGCCGUGGUGCGACCUCCUGGACACCACGCAGAGGAGAGCACACCCAUGGGAUUCUGCUAUUUCAACUCGGUGGCCAUCGCAGCCAAGCUCCUGCAGCAGCGGCUGAACGUCAGCAAGAUCCUGAUAGUGGAUUGGGAUGUUCACCAUGGCAACGGAACCCAACAGGCCUUCUACAAUGACCCCAAUGUGCUGUACCUGUCACUGCAUCGCUAUGACGAUGGGAACUUCUUCCCCGGCAGCGGAGCCCCCGAUGAGGUUGGCUCGGGCCCUGGCCUGGGCUUCAAUGUCAACAUGGCCUUCACUGGUGGCCUGGAUCCCCCCAUGGGCGACGCGGAGUAUCUGGCUGCCUUCAGGACGGUGGUGAUGCCCAUCGCUAACGAGUUUGCCCCUGAUGUCGUGCUCGUGUCCUCGGGCUUUGACGCCGUGGAGGGCCACCCAUCGCCGCUGGGGGGAUACAGACUCACGGCCAAGUGUUUUGGCUACCUGACCAAGCAGCUGAUGGCCCUUGCCGGCGGCCGCGUGGUGCUCGCUCUGGAGGGGGGUCACGACCUAACAGCCAUUUGUGAUGCGUCUGAAGCAUGUGUUUCUGCUUUGCUGGGAAACGAGCUGGAGCCGCUUCCUGAGGAGGUUCUGCAGCAAAGACCCAAUCUCAACGCUGUGCGCUCCAUAGAGAAGGUUCUGGAAGCCCACGGUAAGUACUGGCGUUGUCUGCAGCGCAGUGGCUCUACGCUGGGCUACUCUCUGAUCGAAGCUCAGAAGUGUGAGAGCGAGGAGGCCGAGACUGUGACUGCCAUGGCCUCUCUGUCUGUGGCCGCCAAACACAUGGGGAAGAGGUCAGAAGAGGAGCCAAUGGAGGAGGAGCCACCAUUGUAGAAGCGGUCCAGCCAUGACCUCGGUGACCUCCUUGGCCUGCUAGCGUCUGUGUCGGCAGCGCAGACCCUCGCUCUGCCCUCACCGUCCGUUUCAUUUUCGGCCUCUCCCUGGUCACCGCCUCCGUCCUUGGCGGGCACGGCAUUACAGCGCGGCCCGGGCAGCGAAACGGACCGCAGACACCCUCCGCAAUCCUCCAAGCACUCCAGUGAAAGACGCCCCCCCCCACCAUGCUACUUGAGUGGGGUGCGUCUUGACCAAGCCUGUGCCCAGCCAUCCGUGGAGGCCUCUGCUUUCAGGAGGGACCUUGACCUGCGACCCACGUGCAGAUCCCAGAGCUGGUGCUUUCGGAAUAUCAAACUCUUCUUUUCAUGGCCACUAACGUCCGCACGGUUCCAGCUGUGGGCUUUUUGUCUGAAAUCCAUCAUGGCUGGGUACUUUUCUACGUCUAAUACUUCUCUCUUUAUUCAGUUGUUUGCAUCUACUUGUUUCACAUUUUCUCGAGGGGGGAGGAAAGGUGAAUGACGCUGCAUCAUUCCGAAUUGGGAACAUUUUUUUGAAAGUGACUUCUGGAUGCUGUAGGGAGGGUGGAGAGGAGGGAGCAGGGCGAGGGGAAGCUGGAGAACUCGGCGGAUGCUUUGUGUGGACGAUAGCUGGUGAAGCAGCCCUUCUGGAGCCCCUCUGACACACCCCAGAGAGAGUUGCCAAGUGCUUGUGCCUUUUUGCAUCUUUUUGUUUAGUUUGGGGGGGGGGGGUUAUUUUUUUUGUUGUUGUUUGGUUUUCAUUUUUCUUUGAAGAGCUGGUGGAUUUAAUGAUGAUUUGAGAAGAACAUUGCCUUAAACUUGUCGUAUAAAGGGAAGGCCGUCGGGGCCCCCCGACCCUCCUCUGUGUUUCUUUGUCCAGCAGUGGUAUGGCUGGAGGCCCCAUGGCCAUGAAGCCCUGUGCAUGUUUACCAGGAACGUCCUGCAGAUUUCUGUGCGUCACACACAUUAGCAUCGUUUUAUUGUUCUUUUUUUCCUGCUUCAGUUUCUUUUCCCUCUUUUUCUAUACUUGCUUUGGACUCUCCGCACUGUCGGUAUCUCGCUUUGAAAUGACUCGUAAGGUGGUCGUCGGUCGUGCACGGGCAAACCGUCGGAGCAGUUUUCAGUAGAACUCUGCUUGUGCUUUUUUAGAGAGCAAGUGCAGCCUAAUGUAGCUACUUGUUCAUAGUCUCUGACCAAAUCUCCAUUCUCACCUCUAGCAUGCACUGUUACUGAUCAGCUUACCUUGGACCAGUUUGAAUGCUGUAGUUGUAGAAGAAAAAAACACUGAAAGCAUGAGAUCUAACCAGUAGUUCAGUGGCACUAGCUGCAGGCAUAUAAAAUAGGUUAAGAUGUUUUUCUUCUUGCUGAAUUUUGUGGUUUAUAAGAAAAGUUAAAUGAGUAUUUGUUUUGUUUUGUUUUUUUUUUCCAUGUAUUUCUCACAGAACAUGUUAAGACUUUUUAUAGUUCUGAAUGUCAUAGUGGUCAGAUUAAAUCACAGAUGAGAGUGCUAGCUAAUCAACAGAAUAUCCUUCUCAGUAGAUGGUCAGUCUUUUUUUUAUUUUAUUGGCACCUUUAAAAUUGUAGGACAAGGGCUGCAAACCAAUUUUAAUAUCUACCACUGAGCCUUCGAACGUGCCAGCAGGUGAGAUUCAGUGCUGGUGUCCAGUUUCAUGGUUCUGCCAUCAGGCCUCUGCACUAGCGGCAACGCAGCCGAACGUGCUGUGGUGGGGCAGGGCUGGGCUGAGCUGUGGGUGCGGGUGGGUGCGCUCCACAAUCCAGGAAGUAAUCGGACAACCAGCCUCCACCCAGACAACCACGGCAAAAACCCUGGAGUCUUCAGGGGCACUCUGGCAGUCUGCGUAAGCAUGGCUAGCUAAGCGCAUAGGCCUGGAGCAGCGUACCCUGCGUGCCGGACCGUGUGUGCAUCUCAAUGUUCUGUGUACGUGUAUAUACACAAGCAUGCUCGCAGGUCGUCCUCCUGACCCGACGUUCCAUUCCAGUCGUGGACUGGUUCUGAUUGUAGAUGCUCUUACAUGUUUGAAAACCCCCGACUCAUGUUCUGCCUCUUGGCAACUGCCUUUGAUAUUGUUUCUACGAACAUUUGAUUUUUUUUUUUUCUUCUGUAUAUUAUUAUUAUAAGGCAUGUUGUGCUUUUUCUUAUGGUCUUAUUGUACCAAUGCCCUGUACCACAUGACUAUUCUACAUUGCAAGUUUCUUUGAUGUCUGCUUUUCUUUUGUAUAUUUUUUUUUUCUUGUCUCAAACUUCAUACUUCUUUUGUUGUACUGUUUUUGAUUAGUUAGUUGUUUCCCCCUGUUACACUCUGUACAGUUAAUGAUGUUGAUUUACAUGCAUUAAGCUCUUAAGCCCAUAGCCUUUCCCACACUCUCUGGGCUUUGCUGGUUUUCUUGGGAGGGUGAAUUUGGUUUCUACUUUGUAUAAUAUUUCCAACAAUUGUGUAUUUACUAUAUGUUCUGUUCAUAAUAGAUUUAUAUAUGACAAAAUCUAUAUAUAAAUAU